AUGGCUGGUGAUUUAAACCUUAAGAAAUCAUGGAAUCCAGCUCUUGUAAAAAACCAAAAGAAGGUAUGGGAUCAAGAGCAGGCUAAAUUGCAAGAACUACAAAAGAUCAAACAAAAGAAUCAGGAGUACGAACAAGAACAAGACUAUCUUAACCUUUUGAAGUUACAAUAUGGUGACAACUUCAAGCUUGAAGAUUUAAAGAAGCCUGAAAGGUUAAAGUUGAGUAAGUUGAACUGGAUGUAUGAGGAUGUUCCAUUCGAAGAAAAAGAAGAGGAGGUUAAGAAUGAUGCUGGCUUCAUUGAAAGUAGUAAUGAGUUUACUGAAGGUAAAUCCAAAGUCGAGAAUUUGUUAAAGGGCAAUCAUUCAUUUAAGAGGACAAUACAGAGUAGUUCAAGUGACAGAUUGAAUAAAGUUAUCGGUGUGGGAAUAAGUAAACCAAGUGGUAGUAGUGACUUGAGCGAUGACCCUUUGCUCAGAAUCAAGCAACAACAGCAGUUACAACGAAUGAACCAGAAGAAGCACGAUGAUAAACUGAAAAAUUUAGAUCAUCACUCAUCAAGAAAACACCUGGAUUCCCAUAGGCAUAGACACAGAUCUGACCAUAGAGAUUCAGAAAGGUACAGAUCUAGUCGUGACAUAGACACUGAAAGGGGUCACAAAAGGCACAGAACAGAAAAAGACAGCUAUAGACCUAGCAGUUCACACAGACCAACCAAUUACAACAGAGAUAAAUCACCUAUGCGAUAAAAAUGUUUAUUGAUUAUCUAAUAAUUUCAUACAAUAAUCUACCCCAUUUUCGUUAUAAACCUUACCAUGAAAAGUGUAUUCAUACCAAACAUUUUCACCAUUGUUGAUCCGUUUAAAUUCUAAAUGAAUAUUAUGAUCAGGCUUCACUUUUGUUCUAUGAACAGGAAAAUAUAUUGGAUACCAAGACUUACAAUAUGUCGAUAACAGGGGAGAAUGAAUUUGAAUGUUUAUAUGUCCAUAUAAUGUGCAGGUAAACCAUCCUAGAAAACCAGAUACUUUAUAUCCUUUCUUGUUAGGAAAUGAUAAUUUGGCGAUUCUAUUUGGUUGGAAGUCUCCGGGAUGCUCCCAUUCCCAUAAUUGUUGUUCUUCACCCAAAGCAUAGUAGUUACUAAGCUUGAUCAAGGAGAUUGUUUUAAUUUUGAACGGGGUAUAUACCGGUUGAAUGUAUGAUGUGUAGCUACUGGGUAUCAUUAUCAAGUCUGGUCUCGGUUUGUCAAAUUGCGCUAGGAUUUCUGGACACAAUUCAUUAUCACCAAACGAUCCCAUUAAUUCCGAAAUGAUCAAGUUAUAAUCUGCACAUUUAAUGUCACGUAUGUCAUGAUCAAUUAUUUCAAUUUUGCAAUCCCAAAGUUUAACAUUCUUCUCUCGUAAUGUGGGUAAACAAAUUGGAUUCUUCUCAAUGGCCACUAUAUGGAAUUUAUCAAUCGACUUUUUGACAAGUUCCCAUAAUUUAAUCAAUAACUUCCCAUUGCCAGGUCCAAUUAUUAAGAUUUUAAUCUUGUCAAGGUUGAGCGCGGAUAAAUCGGAUAUAGCUAGUUCGAAAGCCUGUUGAUACUGAUCAUAUUUCACUUUAUCCAAUUCAAAUUGUUUAUAUAUUCCCAACAGCAAAUCCUCCACCAAUGGUUGUAAAGGUUGUAAAUAAUAUUGUGAAAGCGGUUUGCACGUGUUCUUCAAGUACAAGAAGUUUUCAUAUGAUCGUUCGUUUUCUAGGAUUAACAAAGGUACAGGGAUACUUUUCUCCUGGAAAAGUUUGAAAAUGGAAUCCGGCAGGGCAGUAAAUGUAGCUGGGAACGAUACAAAUGAUAUUGUUUCAGUUAACCAAAAAUGCAAUUUUUCUACAUCUAAUUUAGUAUCAUUAACUUCCAAUGCAAGGGAGAACGGAGUAUCGUUUGUUUGAAGGACAUGCUUAACUUGAUGAAAUUGUUUCCAGGCUAUGUCCGAGUUUAUGACGUCUAAAGUGAGGAGGAUAUAAAGGUGGUUUGUUAAAGUGGUGAUAUCAAGGGUGACCAAGUGAUUGAAGUCCACCACAUACUCUAUAUCGGUUCUAAGUAAGUUGUUCGACUGUAUAAUUGUGUACUUGUUCCAAUUAGGAUCCUUAUCUUGUAAGAAGUCUAUUAUUGGGGCCAAAUUGUCGGGAGCAUCGUCUAUCAAAUAAAGUAGUUUAAAUUUCUGAGUGAAUGUGGCAUAUCUCUUAUCAAGAUUCUCCAAAUCGGAUCCUCUUAUUAUUAAUCCGUUGUGUUUUGACAUGAUAAGGUGUUACACUAUCAUAUGGAAUAUUUAGAGAUGUUUAAAAGAAGCAAAUGGUUGUAGAUGUGGUUUGAAACUGACGUCCCAUGUGGU